GGCUAAUAAUAAUCUGAUUCAAAAUGGAGUCUCUCAGGUUUGCUGUUGUUUGCUCAAGCAAUCAGAAUAGGAGCAUGGAGGCUCACCAUCUACUUAACAAAAGAGGUUACAAUGUCAAAUCCUAUGGGAUAGGGUCUGUGGUGAAGCUACCAGGUGCAUCGGCCAAUGAACCAAUAAUCUACCCGUUUGGAACCACAUACGAGGACAUGUACCAAGACCUGUACCAGAGGGACCCUCACCUGUACACACAAAAUGGCAUAUUACAAAUGUUAGAUAGGAACAGGAGAAUCAAGCCAUCGCCGGAGAGAUUCCAAGAAGCAACUGAAGACAAAUUUAAUAUCAUUUUUACCGUCGGAGAAAAGAUUUUUGAUACAGUCAUAGAUGACAUAGAAUCAAGAGGACCACAGAUAUACUCACCCGUCCAUGUGAUCAAUAUUAAUAUACAAGACAAUCUUGAUGAGGCUACAUUUGGAUCCUUCCUGUUCUGUGAAAUGUGUGAAAUGAUGUCCGAUUCUGAAGACCUUGAUAACGAAAUUGAAUUAAUUUUAUUAGAAUUUGAAGCAAAACAUACAACAAGGACAGUAUUACACUCGAUCACAUUUUAUUAAUAAUUUUGAAUUAUUUUUUGUGUUUUUUUCCGUCCGGCUUUUUCUCUCUAACUUGCAUUCCUCUCAUUAUUGUUUAUAUUAUGUAUGAUAAUAAUAAUAUUAUUGUAUGUUACUAUCUCUGUUAUGUAUCUGAUAAUCAAUCAAUCAUUGUUAUUGUUAUAAUGAAGAGAAAAUUGUAAAAAA